CAGCUUAUGAACCAAACAAAGGAAAAGCUCAUGAACCAAACAAAGGAAAAAGGGAACUGUCAAUCGUGAGACCAAGACUCUACAACUCAGGAACUAUGAUGACACAAGAGGGGAAGCAGGGCGAGGGGCCAGGUGGGUCACUCGCUUCUCCACUCCUAGAGGAUCAAAACCAAAUCUCCGGUGGCGGCGCGUCGUUCUCAGGCGCGGUAUUCAACAUCUCAACAACCAUGAUUGGAGCCGGAAUCAUGUCAAUUCCGGCAACCAUAAAGGUUCUUGGCAUAGUCCCUGGUUUGAUAGUGAUUCUACUGGUUGCACUCUCGGUUGAUAUCACGGCAGAGUUUAUGUUAAGGUACACAACCGCAGGCGAUUCUCAAACCUAUGCCGGCUUGUUGGCCGAGUCAUUUGGGCGCUUGGGAUCGGUCGCAGUUCAGAUUUGUGUCAUUGUCACCAACCUUGGCUGCCUUAUUAUUUAUUUCAUCAUAAUUGGUGAUGUUCUAUGUGGGAGUCAAUCCGGGGGAAACUUGCACCUAGGCAUUCUCCAAGAAUGGUUCGGCAUACAUUGGUGGAACACUCGUGCUUAUGCACUUCUUUUCAUGGCUCUCUUCGUCAUACUGCCACUGAUUAUGCUGCGACGAGUAGAUUCACUGAGACACAGUUCAGCAAUAUCGAUUCUUCUAGCUGUGGCUUUUGUUUUCAUAAGCUCUGCCAUGGCGAUUAACGCAAUAUUCAAAGGGAAGAGUCAUAAAUUGAGACUAUUUCCGGACUUUGCUAAUCAUGUUUCAGUAUUUGACCUCUUUACCACAGUCCCAGUCCUCGUAACAGGCUUCGGAUUUCACGUCAAUGUUCAUCCAAUUAGAGCAGAGCUGAGCAAACGUUCCAAUAUGAGGUCGGCGAUUCGAAUCUCUUUGUUGAUCGGCAUCGUCAUCUACUUCGCGAUCGGGUUCUUCGGCUACCUCCUGUUUGGAGAUUCGAUCAUGGCGGACAUCUUGGUCAACUUUGACCAGAAUUCCGAUACCCCAAUUGGCCAAUUGCUAAACGACGUCGUACGGUUAAGCUAUGCGAUUCACCUCCUGCUGGUGUUUCCCAUCAUGAAUUUCAGCUUGAGGGUCAAUAUAGACGAACUCCUCUUCCCAAAUAAGCUGAAUUUAGCUUCAGACACACCCAGAUUCGUGUCUCUAACCCUGAUUUUACUCUUUCUUACGUACACAGUGGCCAUAGCUAUACCAAAUAUAUGGUAUUUUUUCCAGUUCAUGGGAUCAACUACUGUUGUUUUCCUAUCAUUCAUUUUCCCUGGUGCUAUAAUUUUAAGGGAUGUGCAUGGAAUAUCAACAAGAAGAGAUAAGAUUGUAGCCGUUUUCGUAAUCAUCUUGGCGGUUAUGACUAGUCUGAUUGCAAUAUCCACCAAUCUGUUUAGUUCAUCAAAUAACUGAAUCUCAUUAAUUUUUUAAACCCACUCGUCAUUUAUUUGCA